AUGACCCGCUGGACAUCCCUCAAGGCCCCCAGGCCACACAAACCUGCCCCCUGGGAUCUGGCGGACACCCACCGGCGUCUGAGUGUCCCGACCCUGGCCACCUCCCGCUGGAGGGCCCAGAAAUCUGGGGCUGAGCCAUCUUCCCAGCACAGUCCCUGGGGUCUGCACCGCCGCCGGCUCCCUGCCUCCUGGCCCAGGCAGAAGCAGCGUCGACCAUUACGGCCUCAGGCCUCAGCUCCUCAGACCCAUGGAACCCCCACUCCUGGAGCCAGCCUGGGGGCGAGCCGAGGCCCCCCCAGCCCCGGGAUGACCGCGGCCAGCCGGGCCAACCCCUACAGCAUCGUGUCGUCGGAGGAGGACGGGCUGCACCUGGUCACCAUGUCGGGUGCCAACGGCUUUGGCAACGGCAGGGUGCACACGAGGCGCAGGUGCCGCAACCGCUUCGUCAAGAAGAACGGCCAGUGCAACAUUGAGUUUGCCAACAUGGACGAGAAGUCGCAGCGCUACCUGGCCGACAUGUUCACCACGUGCGUGGACAUCCGCUGGCGCUACAUGCUGCUCAUCUUCUCGCUGGCCUUCCUGGCCUCCUGGCUGCUGUUCGGCAUCAUCUUCUGGGUCAUCGCCGUUGCUCAUGGCGACCUGGAGCCGGCCGAGGGCCGUGGCCGCACCCCAUGCGUGAUGCAGGUGCACGGCUUCAUGGCGGCCUUCCUCUUCUCCAUCGAGACGCAGACCACCAUCGGCUAUGGGCUGCGCUGCGUGACGGAAGAGUGCCCGGUGGCUGUCUUCAUGGUGGUGGCGCAGUCCAUCGUGGGCUGCAUCAUUGACUCCUUCAUGAUUGGCGCCAUCAUGGCCAAGAUGGCCCGGCCCAAGAAGCGGGCACAGACGCUGCUGUUCAGCCACAACGCCGUGGUGGCACUGCGCGACGGCAAGCUCUGCCUCAUGUGGCGAGUGGGCAACCUGCGCAAGAGCCACAUCGUGGAGGCCCAUGUGCGGGCCCAGCUCAUCAAGCCCCGGGUCACGGAGGAGGGUGAAUACAUCCCGCUGGACCAGAUUGACAUCGACGUGGGCUUCGACAAGGGCCUGGACCGCAUCUUCCUGGUGUCGCCCAUCACCAUCCUGCAUGAGAUCGACGAGGCCAGCCCGCUGUUUGGCAUCAGCCGGCAGGACUUGGAGACGGACGACUUUGAGAUCGUGGUCAUCCUGGAGGGCAUGGUGGAGGCCACGGCCAUGACCACCCAGGCCCGCAGCUCCUACCUGGCCAACGAGAUCCUGUGGGGCCACCGUUUUGAGCCUGUGCUCUUUGAGGAAAAGAACCAGUACAAGAUCGACUACUCGCACUUCCACAAGACCUACGAGGUGCCCUCCACGCCCCGCUGCAGUGCCAAGGACCUGGUCGAGAACAAGUUCCUGCUGCCCAGUGCCAACUCCUUCUGCUAUGAGAACGAGCUGGCCUUCCUGAGCCGCGACGAGGAGGACGAGGCAGACGGGGACCAGGAUGGCUGCAGCCGGGAGGGCCUCAGCCCCCAGGCCAGGCAUGACUUUGACAGACUCCAGGCUGGUGGUGGUGCCCUGGAGCAGCGGCCCUACAGACGGGAGUCGGAGAUCUGAGCCACCGCUGGCCUAGAAGCAGCAUCCACCCCCCCGCCAGGGAGAGGCCCCGGUGUCCCUCAGGGGCCCUGGGCCUGAGCAGAACGGGCCAGGUGCCCUGGGUUGCAGACUCAGUAGCGUUUUAGUUGUUUUACAUUUCUUCGCAGUGGCCUCAGAAAGUUGGCGGGAGAAUGGGCGGCCAGAGUCAGCAGCCCCCAGCCCCAGGCACAGGGGCAGGGAGGUGGCCUCCCGGGGGGGCCAGGCCACAGGAGCCAGGGGCUUCUGCAUGAAGAUAGAGCUGCAGCCUGCCCAGGAAUGGCUCAAAAGUGGGCCCAGCCUCUGCAGUCAAAGGCUGGCAGGCUGCAGUGCACCGCACUGGUUUUUAACUUGGGGAGAAACUCCGGGUUUCAGCUUUCUCAACCUUAGCUUGGGUGAGACU